AUGUCGGAUCAUUUAGAUUGGCCCGAUUACCUCUUAGCUGCAUUUCUUUUUGCUGUGUACACAUUUCUAACGCUCCUUCCUAUCGUUGGAAGCACAUUGGCCAGUUUUAUGUCGGCAGUGGCACUUAUGGGAAACAAUUCGGAGUUUUAUUUAUUCGGUCUAGAGUUUCUUAACCUAAUCCUUGGUUACAUCAUAAGUUUCCCUAUUGCUGCUGAAGUAUACGCCCCAGUGUUUUACAAACUAAAUCUUGCCAGUGGUCAUGAGUACUUAGAGCUGCGAUUUUGUCGUGUUUUACGUUGGAUUGUUACAUUGGUGUUUUGCUUCCAAAUGAUAAUUUACAUCGCUGUAGUCCUCUAUGCACCCGCCUUAGCGUUAAGCAGAGUAACCGGAUUGCCCGUUUCGGCGUCUAUCCUAACCUCUGGCAUUCUUGGUACGCUUUACACGGCCCUGGGGGGAAUGAAGGCCGUGGUGUGGACAGACGUCCUUCAGUCAGUCGUCAUGUUUGGUGGUCUGAUUCUGCUCAUGGUCUUCGGUUGUCAACAGGUUGGCGGCAUUAACCGAGUCUGGAGCAUUGCAAAGGAAGGCCAGAGGCUCGAUGUCUUUGACUUUGAUCUGAACCCCUUUGUACGUCACUCCAUAUGGACGUUGGCCAUUGGUGGUGCUGGCAUGGUGAUGAGCAUCUACUCUACCAAUCAGACGCAGGUUCAGCGCUACCUCGCCUGCAAGGACCUUAAAACCGCCCGGCGAGCUAUCCACCUGCAGCUCCCAAUAAACGCGGUCCUCCUUUCAAUUCAGGGGAUCAUCGGAUUGAUCGCCUAUGCUGUCUUUGUUGAUUGCGAUCCCUUGUUGAACGGGGAGAUUAGUCAAUACGACCAGCUCUUCCCACAUCUCGUGAUGCGUCUCUUUGGCGGUAUUCCUGCUCUGAGGGGUCUCUUUCUCUCAACUGUCUUUGCUGCCGCUCUAAGCACUCUCUCAUCGGGUGUCAACGGGAUCGCUUGUGUUCUCAUCGAAGAUGUCUUCAUGGAUAUCUACCUUACUUACCGCAAAUCCUCUGUACUUCAGCCGAAGACACUCAUUUUGAUUGCUCGUUGUAUUGCCGUCAUCUUUGGUCUGCUCAUAAUCGGACUGGCUUUCCUCCUACAAGUUGUACCGGCUGGUGUGCUUCGCAUUGCCUUUUCCAUCUUCGGUGCCAUCGGUGGCCCAAUCCUCGCCGUAUUCACACUUGGCAUGAUCUGUCCCUUUGUCAACAAAUGGGGAGGCCUGGCAGGCUUUGUCGCGAGCCUGGCUGCUGGUUUGACAAUGAUCGUUGGCACGCUCUACCUCUACACCUUCAAGGAGGCUCGGGUUCCCCCUCUCUCCACUGCCGGAUGCUCGACCAACGUCACCAUGUCACCGACGACAGUGGCACCGGCGCCACAGUAUGCCUUCUCUUUCUUCAACCUCUCCUACCUCUAUCUCACUCUGUUCUGUCUCAUCAUUUGUUUCGUUGUCGCAACAAUUGUCAGCCUACUCACUGGAAUGAGCUCGAAAACUCCCGUUAGCCAUUCCCUUCUGGCAUGGCAAGCUGUCUGGCUCUACUCAAAGCUUCCCUCCUGUGUGCCUUCUCAGUCCACACCAGAAGCUGUAACUUCGUUACACGCCGCCAAAAUGGAGGCGAUGAUGCAUGGAAACGUCUACCUGGAUGUGUUCGAUGAGGAAAGUUCACAAAAGGUGGCCUUGGGCGCCGACAACGAUGUUGAGUUGGUGCUUGAGCAAAAGUUUUAG